GGUAAUCAACUUAUGGAAUGAGUUGCCAUCAGCAGUAGUGGAGGCCAGCAUUUAAGAGGGUUAUUGGUGAUUUCCCGAGAAAUAAGGAGGGGGAGGCAUGAUUGAAUCCAUAAAUUCUGAUGAAAAAUUUCAGGAGGACGUAAGUUUAAGAUAUGGAAAACUCGUACACAACUUCAGAAACAGAAGAACGGGCAACAAAAUAAGAAAUACCUUGAAAAUUUGAUGAUCAGGCUAUCAGAUUAUUUCUUAUCGCAUGCUUUCAAGUUUUGUUAAAGUGAAACCUUUGACAUCAACAUUGAGCUGCGUGAAGGCUUCAGUCUCGGAGACAAAAGAACCUGUAACCAAAGCAGUUGUGCCUUUACCCAAUCAAGUUGUAAAUUCAGAGGUUGAAAGGAUGAAGUGGGUUUUUUAGAUAUGGACAAUCAGCAGAAAGAUGAAAAUAUUUCACAACUUUAUCUUGGUUUUCAUCCUGAUGACUGGUGGCAUAUAAAAGAUGAUGAAAGUAAAAAAUCCAUGGAUUUCAGUGAUUCGAAAAAAAGAGACGGUGUUCUCAAACACCUAAACCCUGUUAGUUCACCUGUUAAUGGUUUUGAUAAUAGUCAAUUACGUGGUAAUACUUAUUGUUCAGAUGAACUAGAAGGUUCUGAUAAGGGUACAGAAAACAGCUUUGUUAACAAGAAUAAUCCAAAUACUUCAUGUGAUAGUGUAGAAAGCUUACAGUUAAAGAAUGUAGAAUUGUUACAACAAGAGGAUCCACAUAAACAGUCAAUGGCAAAUGUAGAAUCGACUGAUAAAAAAAGCACGGAUGCUAUGUUUCGUACCUCUGAACCAAAUGAAGAUAAAGCCUGUGAUAAAGAUGUGUGUAAUUCUUCCAGUAAUGGACAGAAGAAAAGCUGUCAAUCUGAACAAGAUCAGAACCACGAUCUUAAUUCAGCAGAAAGUGAUUGCACGGUAAAAGAGUAUCGGGACGGGUCACGAGAAGAGUUGUCUGUUAAGGAACAGAGCUAUAACAAUGAAAAUUCCUCACACUCUGAUCCUGUUAAUAUUUCAAGGGCACAUCUAGAAAAAGGCCUUGUUAAGAUUGAGUAUCAUACAGUAGAAACUAAAGGAUUGAAUCAAAAUACCGAUAGUUUAAGUUGUGUAGAAACUGGAGAGAAAAUUAGUAGACAAAAAGAUGAUAUUCCUUGUCUGGAGGUGAAAGUCAAAAGUGACCAGGGGAAAGAAAGGUCCGGGAAUUUUAAUAUAGGCACAAAAAUACCGUCAGAUACAGAAAACAAUGUCCCUGAGUCUGAAGAAAUAAAAUGUGAAAGUGGAAAACCAAACAGAAAUGAUGGUAACACUAGUUUACCAGAUUGUGUUGGUCCAACUGAUAAAAACGUAGAAGAUUGCCACGAAGUAAAACCUGGAAAGGAGAAAUCUAAUAAUCGGUGUAAAGAUAGCUGUGGUGUUAGAGAAUCAAAAGAUUUAGAUGUAGCAAAACAAGUUGAAGAAAAUGACGAUCAUACACCCGAGACACCAUCCCUGCAAAAUUCUAGUCAGUUCGUUAGCCAUGUAUCACACAGAUCAAACAAAACUUGUGGUUCCGAUGUUAGUGCAUGUAAUUUGAGUAAUGUAACAGAAGUAACUUGUUCUUCUACACAGAAGCUAAAAACAGAUGACACCUUACCUCAUAUACCAGAGCUUAUGAAAUCGGGACUUCUGAAAGACCUCACUAUAUCUGUAAUACCUUCAGAAAAAAAUAAAGAGCCUCUAAAAUCAACACCAGUAAAACUUCUAGAGGAGAAGCUUAAGGAGAAACCUCAGGAGAAUCCACUGCCCCCAUUCUUGGAAACUAUUUGUGGAAACAUAGUUACAGAUGAGAUGGUGGAAAAUAUCCUCAAAGUAGCUAAAUUUCCUGAUUUUUUUAAAGGUGAGGUGACUAUUGGUAAGUUUAUUCCUGUAAAAUUUCCAGACAAUUACAACUUUAGGUUACAUGAAGAUGAAACGUUACUAGAAUGUCCAUCGAUGGUGACUCCUUUACUGUUGAAGAAGAAGGACAAGUUUCCUCUUAAAUAUGGUGGCGGUAAUGAGAAGGUAGAAGAUGAAACUGUAAGAAAUAAAAAGGAUACAAAGACUGAAACUGGCAAAGUGAUUGAAAGUUCCAAAAAUUUAUUAAAGUUUUCCAUGGGAAGUGAAAAAUUUGAGAAAAUGGAGGAAGGCUUUAAGAACAAAGGUAAAGAAUCUAUAAAAACUACAGUUGGUACUGAUCGGAGAGAAAAUAAAACUGGGGAAAUGAAAGAAGAUUUGGAGAAAGCACAGAAAAUCUCUGUUAAUGCUGAAGAAGGUAAAAAAAAUGAUGCCAAAAAAUUGCCUAUUACAUCAUUGGCUGAUGACGAAAACAGAAAGGUCAUAACUGAGAUUAAUGAAAAGGAUUCCAAGAAAACAAAAGAGUCAAGUAAUGCAUCUCUACAAAACAACAGUAAAGUACAGGAAGAUAGAAAAGAGUUCCUCACCAAUACUGCCAUUGGAUAUCUCACUGCAAUAGGUUUGAGUAGAGUCCAAGAGUGGCAUCAUAAAGAUCUGAUGAGAUCCAAAGAGCGGCACAUGCGAAGAGCAGGAAAAACAAAACAGUUAGAAAAUGAAGUAGCUAUCAUUAAAGCUGCUUACUUGCAAGCUAAGAAGGCUAAUGAAGCAUUUGUCUUUAAAAGCCACAAAUGUGGUUUUUGUAACUUUAAGUCAGAAUCGAUCAUUGUGAUGGAUGGUCAUGAUUUGGUACCUUACGUGACCCCGCGAAGGGAAUUUGGAUGUCAUUUAUGUGAAUUCUAUACCAGGGACCCCAAAGCAAUUCUUUUCCACAUGGAAGCCGAACAUAGGAAAAUGGGUCGGCUACCGGUUCCUUCACAAUUCCAUGAAUGCCCAUUUUGUCCGUUUGACACGAAUCAUAAGCAGAAGUUAAACAGUCACAUAAAUAGAUGUCAAAAAUUUUUUAUUUUGGGUAAAAAUCAAAGCACGGAACUUGAUAUGCCAGCACAAACAGUUAAACCUAUUACAAUAAUGGACAUCAAGGCUUACAUGUAUGAAAGGCAACUUAUGGAGCUUGCGGCAGCAACAAGACGACCAGGACAUCCACCGGGGUCAAGAGGAGGCCACAGGACUCAGAUUAAUGUUCCUAGACCUCGAGCUAAUGUUUCCAGACCUUUUAUUCCUUCAGACAUGUUACCGUAUAACCGACCACUUUACCAACAUCUAGCAGAUAGUGUAACUCUUCAGUCGAGAAUGCCGAUGAGCUCGUAUCCCAGAUCUACUAACGUUGUUGCAAUAAACCAGAUUCCUCAGUCUGCCAGGUCUUCAUUGUUUAGACAAGUUCCUCACGCUGUUCCCACGAAUCAUAUUUAUCACGUAGUAGGCAGCGGUAAUGCAGUUCCAGUAUUUAACUCCAGUGGCCAAGCUUCUAGUUGCAGGUCAGUUUCCCAGAUGUCAAAUGUAUCAGAACCAGCUCCCCAGCCAGUGGCACUCUUCACAAAUGUAGCCGUUUCUACCGGUGGUACCUCAGCGUCUGCUGUCAACAAAAAAAGUUUACUAAAAGCUGAAUUGUCACCGCCACCAAAACUUCAAGGUCCCUUUCUACCCAACAGUGGCAAAUCUGCACCAGGAGAAACAAUACUUCCCAGUAACAGUUUUGUGAUCUGUGAAAUCUGUGACGGCUAUAUCAAAGAUCAAGAACAACUACGAAAUCACAUGCAGAUGAUACACAAAGUGAAAAUCCAUCCAAAAAUGCUUCAGAACAGACCUCCUCUUAACUGCCAGAAGUGCCAGUGGAGGUUCUUUACGGACCAAGGGCUGGAAAGACACUUGCUGGGUUCUCAUGGAUUGGUGACGUCUAAUAUGCAGGAGUUGGCCCAGAGAAGCCAGGAUGGAGGACGGUGUACUAUCUGUGGACGAGUGUACGUGUGUAAACUGGUUGCUCACAUGAAUCAAGUGCAUAAAAUAAUGCUGAAACCUGCACAUCUGUCAUACAAAUGCACAGUUUGCACGGCAACAUUUAAUUUGUAUAAGCUUUUUGAAAAUCACGUUUAUGUAGUGCACAGUGGUUCGGUGAAGAGACGUGCUGAGGAUGGUUCCAGUAACCAGCCUUCCAAGAAACGUGCCGGAGACAGGAGUACAAAGACGGUAACUUCAAAAGCCAAUCCACGACUGAAGUCAAAGAAGGCAACACCGUCCGUCAGGAUGGGAGCGGGAAACGGCAAAUCAAAAGUUUCAGCAGCAUCGGGAGAGGCCCCAAACGGAAAGGAGCGGAAGUGUGGAGACUGUGGAAUAGAGACAUCGGGCUGUCGGAGGAGUCCCCGAAGAAGGAAGGUGCCCACGGAGUGACGAAGGGAACAGGUGAAAGCACAGACUCCGUGUGAGAUCGUGUGGUCACUGUAAGUGAUUUCGGGAGUGAGGAGCAGACUGGGACAUUGAUAAGUGCAACAGAAUGUGUUCUAAAUUGGCCUCCGAUCUGACGAAACCUCACUUCAAACAUUGUCAGGUAUUGCUAGGUAUAUUUGUCUGUAGUUUAAAUGACCAACCAAAUAUACAUGUUCAGGUUCCAUAUUUAGUUAUUUUUCUUGAAAUAGAUUGUUUUCUAUCUUAAGUAUAUUCGUUCUUAAUAAUAAACUAAUUUCCUGUUAUGUUGUAGCAUGUGCCUUUGGGACUUUAUCCAGAGCAAGAUGUUCAUUUGAAUAUUAUCAAAGCAUAUUGUGACAAAAUGUUUUAGGCUUAGGUUACGUCAUGUAAAUAAACACAAGAUAGAAAUGCCCAUACUUUCUGUAUUCACUUCUCAGCCGUUUUGGUUUUGUUUGUAUUUCUUAACGUGUGUACAGUCCGCAUGGUUAGUGAUCAUUAUCCUUCUUUGAUACAAGACACUGAACAUUAAAUAAGUUGUAAACUGCUUAGAUCAAUACAAGAAAAGAAGUUCGGUCAUGGCAUCAAGCGUGCUUUCGAUGUAUGUUCUUCAGAAAAACGACAACAGUUGUGUGCUUGUCCAAGUUAAGAUGCUAAAAAAAAACAACAGGAAAUACAAACAGCAAAAAUAUUUAGUUUCUAGUCUCUAGGUUUGAGUUUAUGUUGGAGGAUACAGUUAACCUGAUGAAUUGAAGUAUGUGAUAUCAUACUAUAAAAAAAAUAUUACUUUUCUGUAAGUUGAGCUUGAUACACAGUGUUGUUAUUUAUUUAGAUACAGUUGACGGAAAUGGUUUUAUAUUACUAUAGCUUUUCUUUCUUUUUCUAAUACGAUAGUUUUCAUGGGUUGAAGGAAUGUAUUUUAAGAACAUUUUAUUUUUUAAACAGUCCUGUUAAAAUGUGAACUAUUGUACAGAUAUUUCUGUUGUAUUACUUGUAUCCUAAGUUUCUUUGCAUGAUACUUUUCACUAUAUUGGAAGGGUAGAGGAUUGUCGCUUAGCACUUUGAAUCUUGAAAUAUAAGACUAAUAAUAACUUCACAACAAAUCGUUACGAGUAAAACUGAGAGAUUUCUUGAAUAUCCUAAUUCUUUUUUUGAGAUAGACACUGUUAACAAUAUAAUUGGAACCGUACGUAUAUUUCAUAAAAGAAUUAAUAUAAUAAAAUGGAUUAUUUUCAGUUAACAGUUUUAACUCUGGUUAAAGGACGUUCACUUGAGUCAGAGGUGAAACUAGAUAGUUCUUAAAUUUAUGUAUUCGAGAAUAAGCCAAAACAGUCUUAGAAAACCAUUUCAUGAGUUGUGUGUUUUUGAGAAAAAUUAACCCUUUUCAUUUACAGCAUUCUGUUAGUAGUCUUUUUUUAUCUUUUGUAAAAAAAUUCAAUUUUCCUGUGUAAAACAUAUUGAGAAGACUUGAAUUUCAUUUAAAAAUAUAUAAUAAUAGACAAUACCUAGAUGACAAAUUCAUAUUGAUAUUAAUCUAUUUAAUGUUACUGUAAAUAUUGUCAAGUUAAAUUAAAAGUAACUUAGAUGAACAUUUGUGACAACGGAAGUGAUAAGCAUAUUUUCUAACCAUACCUACAAAGUAGGAUUUAGAAUGUAUUAACUAGUGUGAUAAAUAAAGAGACCUGUUCAACCAAGAAAGCAACAGUAAUUGUAAAGGUGA